AUCGGAAAAAUUGCAAAGUACAAAUAUAAAUGUGCAGUUUUAAACAAAAGCCGCAGCAGUAUUUUACAAAAAAAACUUAUUUUAAUGAAAAGCUUUUUAUUUGUAAUAAUAUUGCCUAUUCAUUCGCUCAAGCAAAUAAAAACGAAACAUUUUUCUCGCUACAAAAGAAAUAUUUGUGGAAUCCAUGUAUUGUUAAGUUUGGAAUGCUUGUGCUUUCUGCCGGUUCACCUUGGCAGAAGGUCAUUGCACAUAUGAAACUGCACCCCCACUAGCAAUAUUGAUAAUAACUACAACAACAACAACACCAACACACUACCUUUAACAAGCAAAGCAAGUAAAAAAGAAAAAAAUAAAUCACAUAAAUCCAGAAAAGAUUUUGCCCUACCGGCAAAAUCGCAUACAAACUCAAAAAUCAGUUCAACUGUGUGCUUGUUUUGCACAACACAAUAUCGUCUGUGUAGCGUGUUCCACAUUUGGAGAAUUGCCUAUUGCAAAGCAAAGCAAAGCAAAGCGAAGCAAAGAAAACUUACAAUCCACACGAGUCAAGGAAUGUAUUUAACAAAUUCAGCAAUAUGUACUGCAUGCAAAUUGUCUUCGUCAGUCGUUUUACGGUUAUCGUCGGUAAAAGUCGGUGCGGAGUCUCAUAGUAAAUUUCAAUAUCUCAAUUUCAAACGCCUAAAUUCUAAUUGUGAAAACAAUAUGCCAAUCAAGUCAAUCUUAGCUCGUCAAAUCUUCGAUUCUCGUGGUAAUCCCACAGUUGAAGUAGAUCUAACCACCGAGUUGGGUCUUUUCCGUGCUGCCGUACCAUCUGGUGCAUCAACAGGCGUCCAUGAAGCCUUGGAAUUGCGUGACAAUGAGAAGAACAACUAUCAUGGCAAGGGUGUACGCAAAGCUGUUGAACAUAUCAACAACACACUUGCACCUGAAUUGUUGAAGGCCAACUUGGAAGUCACCGACCAAGAGGGUAUUGAUAAUUUCAUGAUCAAACUCGAUGGCACUGAGAACAAGUCCAAAUUCGGCGCUAACGCUAUCUUGGGUAUUUCAUUGGCUGUCUGCAAAGCUGGUGCCGCUAAGAAGAACGUACCAUUGUACAAGCAUAUUGCUGAUUUGGCUGGCAAUAAGGAUAUUAUUUUGCCUGUACCAGCCUUCAAUGUAAUCAACGGUGGUAGCCAUGCUGGUAACAAGUUGGCCAUGCAGGAAUUCAUGAUUUUGCCAACUGGCGCAUCAAGCUUCACUGAAGCCAUGAAAAUUGGUUCUGAAGUCUAUCAUCACUUGAAGAAAGUUAUUAAGGAUAAAUUCGGUUUGGAUGCUACUGCUGUCGGUGAUGAAGGUGGUUUCGCACCCAACAUCCAAUCUAAUAAGGAAGCCUUGUGCCUUAUUCAAGAUGCUAUUGCUAAAGGUGGUUUCACUGGCAAGGUUGAAAUUGGUAUGGAUGUAGCUGCUUCUGAAUUCCAUAAAGAUGGUGCUUACGAUUUGGAUUUCAAGAAUCCCAACAGCGACAAAUCACAAUGGCUCUCUCCCGAAAAAUUGACCAACUUAUAUCAGGAAUUCGUUAAGGACUUCCCAAUUGUUUCCAUUGAGGAUCCCUUCGAUCAAGAUCAUUGGGAUGCCUGGACCAAUAUGACUGCCAAUACACCCAUACAAAUUGUUGGUGAUGAUUUGACUGUUACCAAUCCCAAACGUAUUGCAACUGCUGUUGAGAAGAAAGCUUGCAAUUGUCUUUUGUUGAAAGUCAACCAAAUUGGUACCGUUACUGAAUCCAUCAAGGCACAUUUGCUUGCCAAGAGCAACGGCUGGGGCACUAUGGUCUCCCAUCGUUCUGGUGAAACUGAAGAUACUUUCAUUGCUGAUUUGGUUGUUGGUUUGUCAACUGGCCAAAUUAAGACUGGCGCCCCAUGCCGUUCAGAGCGUUUGGCCAAAUACAAUCAAAUCCUUCGCAUCGAAGAGGAAUUAGGUGCCGGUGCCAAAUAUGCUGGCAAAUCUUUCAGAAAACCACAAUAAGCAGUGCAAACCAUCUUGCAUCUUGUAUCUAGCUUAUGCACAACAGAAGUGGACAUACCAAGAACACUCACAGUCUUAUCUGUUAUUUAAUUCCAGCUAUAAAAAUCAUUGAAUUCUUUUUUUAUAAUUAUUUUUAAUUUAAAUUAUUUUCGCAAAUCUAUUUUGUGAGUAGCACAAAAUUAAAAAUUAUAAGACACACACAAACACAAAUAAAUUGAUUUUAAACCAUUCAAUUUGUUAUCGCUUCAAACGUUCUAUUUAAACAUUAUAAUUAAUUAAUUAAAGGAAGACAUUAAAUUAUUGAAAUCUUAUUAAUUACUCAUUAAAGUAUAUCAAGGCGUAGUUGUUGUAAACCUAAUCAGAUACACAAACGUUAAUUGUUAGAGUUAAGUGCAAACUGCGUCGUUGCAGAUUGCAAAUACUGUUGACAGAUUUUCAAUUUAAUAUAAUAAUGUUACUUGAUGUAUUUAAAAACUAAAAUAAAACUUAAAACAAAAACAAUAA